GUCACAUGCUGUCCUUUUGGUCCAUUUUAUAAAUCAAUGAGUGCAAUAUACAGCGAAUGGUCUGAUCUAGUAAGGUUCAGCGGAUGUGCUGUAACUGAAACAGAUCAUGGAUAUCCCUAAUGCCCCCGAAGAUCAAGAACUGAGGAAUGUCAUUGACAAGCUGGCCCAGUUUGUCGCUCGGAACGGGCCAGAGUUUGAAAAGAUGACGAUGGAGAAACAGAAGGACAACCCUAAGUUCUCCUUCCUCUUUGGGGGAGAAUACUUCAGCUACUACAAGUGCAAGCUUACUAUGGAGCACCAGCAGCAUCCUUCUACCCAGGAUGGGGAGGAGUAUACAUCUGAAGAAAUGUACAAUCCAGGCGCCAAAGACGUCGUUGACAUCCCUACUCCAUCGAUGUCGAUGACUGCGCCGCCCCCGAUUCCUUCGCCUGCAGCGCCGUCUUUAGAUGAGCUCAUCCAACAGAGCCAAUGGAAUUUGCAGCAGCAAGAGCAGCAUCUGCACACACUCAGACAGGAACAAGUGACUGCAGCCAUAGCUCUGGCUAUGGAGCAGCAGACCCAGAAAAUGCUUUUAGAAAGUCAGUUGGACAUCACAGAGUUUGACAACCUGCUGCAGCCCAUUAUAGACACCUGCACCAAAGACGCCAUCUCUGCUGGUAAGAACUGGAUGUUCAACAAUGCCAAGACUCCACAGCACUGUGAACUGAUGACAUCACAUCUUCGCAACCGCAUCACUGCUGAUGGAGCGCAUUUUGAGCUCCGCCUACAUCUCAUCUAUUUAACCAAUGAUGUUCUCCAUCACUGUCAACGGAAGCAGCAGAAGGAUUUGCUGGCGGCACUGCAGAAAGUUGUGGUUCCCAUCUACUGCACCAGCUUUCUGGCCGUAGAGGAAGAGAAGCAGCAGAAGAUAACUCGGUUGUUGCAGCUGUGGGAGAAGAAUGGGUACUUUGAUGAGGAGACUAUUCAGCAGCUCCAGAAUCCAGCCCUGGGCCUUGGCCAGUACCAAGCGUCUUUGAUAACAGAGUAUGCUGCGGUGGUGCAACCAAUCCAGCUGGCCUUCCAGCAGCAGAGCCAGGCUUUGGAUACCCAGCACGAAGAGUUUAUUGCCAGCCUGAAACAGCAGCAGCAGCCGCAGCUGGCCCCUGUAGCGCAGCUAGCUCCCGUAGCUGAGCAUGAAAAGGCCAUGCCUAUGACCACAAAAGCUGGGGAUGUGAAGCCUACCAUGUCAGUACUUCUUCCAGGGGAGUUUGAUGGGGCUUCAUCCAGGCCCCAGGACCCGAGCAACCCCAGUGGACCUUCAGAUAUCACCUCUAACAAGCCUGCGUGGUAUGAAACUCAACACUUGGGCCCCUGGAACCCCAACCAGCCACCUCCCUUUGAUCCAAACCAGCCUCCCCCUCCCUGCCCUCCUUGGAACAGCCAUGAGGGGAUGUGGAAUGAGCAGAGGGACCCGGGAAAUUGGAGUGGAGGUCCACCCAGAGAAGGAGGUCCCUGGAGCGGUCCUGGUGGAUCUGACCAAGGCCCUCCAUCUUGGAACUCGUACGACCAGCAGCCGCCAUGGGGGAACCAACCCGACCAGCCUCCAUGGGGCCAGAGGGAGCCCCCAUUUCCUCCACGCAUGCAGAGACCUCCCCAUUUCAGAGGGCCCUUCCCUCCUCACCAGCAGCCACCUCCUUUCAACCAGCCCCCACCACCUCAUAGUUUCGGACGGUUUCCGCCACGCUUUAUGCAGGAUGACUUUCCUCCCAGACACCACUAUGACAGGCCACCGUACACCCCACACCACUUUGACUAUGCUCAAGGAGAUUAUCCUGCAGAAAUGCCAGGUCCUCCCCACCACCAUCCCAGUCAGAGGCUCCCUCCCCCAGGUAUGGGGGCUGAUCAUCCUCCCUGGGGUGGAAGCCAGCACCCAGAGUUUUCGCAACCCCCACAUGGAUUCAAUGGCCACUCACCCCAAAUGCGUCAUCGUCAGCAGCCAGUGCAAGAUGACCCCAGUCUGGUGCCUAAUGUACCCUACUUUGACCUGCCAGCUGGUCUCAUGGCUCCGCUAGUCAAACUUGAGGACUAUGAUUAUAAACCUCUGGACCCUAAAGACAUCCGGCUGCCACCUCCCAUGCCACCUAGUGAUCGCCUGCUUGCUGCUGUGGAAGCUUUCUACAGCCCUCCAUCCCAUGAUCGGCCUAGGAACAGUGAAGGCUGGGAGCAGAACGGCCUGUAUGAGUUCUUCAGGGCCAAAAUGAGAGCCAGGAGAAAAAAGGGCCAGGAGAAACGCAACAGCGGUCGUGGAGGGAGUCGCUCUAGCAGUCAAUCUCGCAGCAGAGGGAGAUCUUCAUCUCGCUCGAGCUCUCGCUCCUCAAAGUCCUCCAGGUCCCAGUCUCGCUCAUCCCGCUCCCACUCCCGCAGCCGCUCUCGCUCCUACUCGCGAUCCAGGUCCAGAAGUGGAUCCAGAUCUUCUCGGAGUCGCUCUCGCUCCAGAUCCAGAUCACAUUCACAUUCGCCUGCAAAGAGACGCCAUGGUCCCAAAGUCCAGAGCUCUUCUCCUGUCUCAUCGUCAGUGGUGGCUGCCCCUCCCACCAAACCAUGUGCAGAUAACAGGCUAGGGGAAGAGAACAAGGGCCACCAGCUGCUAAUGAAGAUGGGCUGGAGUGGUUCAGGUGGUUUGGGGGCCAAAGAACAGGGCAUCCAGGACCCUAUCAAAGGAGGAGACGUCAGGGAUAAGUGGGACCAAUUUAAAGGUGUGGGGGUGUCACUGGACGACCCAUAUGAGAACUAUCGCAGGAACAAGAGCUACAACUUUGUCGCCCGUAUGAAGGCACGAGAGGAAGUCAAUCGGGAACCUCAGGAUCCCCCUCCAACUGAUUGAUGUCAUCAAAUAACGUCAAACAAAUCCUCCUCCAUUGCCACCUCCACCAAGGAUCUGAAUUUCUGUCACUUUUCAAUGCAGGAUUUUUAUCAUCAUCUCUCCUCAGAAAAAAGUGACGAUUCAAAGCAUCUCCAUACUUGUAAAAACUGGCAAAGUAAUUUUGCUCUGCUUAAUCAAGAGCUUGGAGUAAUUUUACCAAGCAGAAAGUAUCAUAUUUGCAGAUGGACCAGUUAGCAGUAACACUAGUAACUCAACAAGGAUUUUAAGAUCAGCAGAGACACUGGAACUACAUUCUCAUGAAAAAGGCGGGUCGCAGCUCACUCCCAAUGUUUCAGAUUUGACCAAAGUUAUCAGUUUCUAAAAAGAGUGUCGGAGGAGGAGGGCUGAUUUAGACUUUGACUCAACAUUUAAGAUAGCUGCAGAAAGAAUUGGGAUGGUUAAACAUGGACAAUAUUAAGAAGUGAAAUGUUCUAAAUGUCAAGGCAGUGGUUUUGGAAGUGGACCCUCUUUAUUUCUGCAUAGAUACAAAUCAUUUUAAUUUUGGAUUAUCUCCCUAGAGAUGCUUAGUUUAAAGAGUUAACCCAAAUCAGAAACAUAUUUAGAUCUCAUUCACCCCCUCAAUGUAUCUCCAAUAAAAUGUUAUAUAUAUA